UUGUUUAAUUUUUUUAUCAAUGGCUCCAAAUCUUACAUCAAAUCCUUUAGAGAAGCACUUAAGUGCUCUAACGUGCUAUCACUAUUAUGUUUUUGUCUUAAUUUUCAUCGCCAAAUGGCCCUUGGUCUGGCAUGCCCUUAGUUUGAUAUUCCUCUCACCACCGAUGGAUUUUUACUGUGAAGGUAUUGACAAUAAAGAAAACUUCAACAAAUGCCCCUGUGACAAACCUUGGUUUGACCAAAGUGUAUUUGAAGCAACGAUGCAAACAAAAUUUAUGUUGUACUGCGAUAGAAGUUGGCUCAUCGCUUUUUCACAUUGCAUAUGCAAUACUGGUGUUUUGGUGGGAAGUCUCACAUUUGGUUACCUUUCUGACAAAUACGGCCGACUCACAACAUUUUCAGCCUCUUGCCUAACAAUUGCUAUUAGCGGGAGUCUGGUGACAGUCAUGCCUACAAUUACCGCGUUCACUUGCAUGAGGUUUUUCGAAGGAAUGGGCAUUGGUGGUAGCAUCGUGACAUCAUUCGUCUUGUGCGUGGAAUACUCAGCAACAGUCCACAGGGAAUACAUCACCGCCUUAUUCCAUCUCCCUCUAAACUUGGGCCACAUAAGUAUGGUUGGGGUCUCAUAUCUUUUAAGAGACUUCGAUAAUUUCCAACUUGCUAUUUCUUUACCAAUCUUUUUGUUGGUACCGCUAAGAUGGCUAAUGAUGGAAUCCCCCAAGUGGCUUUUGGAUAACGCCAAAUUAACAGCAUUAUCAACUGGUUUGGAAAAGUUUAAUCGUCAGCGUUCAAGUACAAGCAUCAAAGAGGAAUUCGAACAAUACCUCCAAACGGGAACGUUGAACACUACUGCAAAAACUGUUACGUGUUUUGAAAUAUUUAAACAUAAAAAAGUCGUAGUCAAUUUCUCAUGCAUGGCCAUUAUAUAUUUUGUAUGUGGCAUGGGUUACUAUGGGGUGUCACAGUUCAUCGGAGAAAUGAGUGGUGAUAUACAUUUAAACGUUUUUAUUUCUGGCGUUUCGUUGGUACCAGGAACUAUAUUGUGCAUGUUUUUAUUAAAAUUAUUGGGAAGAAGACCCUUAUUAAUGAUGGCAUUGCUAUGUUCUGGCAUUUUCAUGAUCUGUGUCAUAUUAAUUCCUGAAACCUACGUGUGGCAUAGAGUCGUGUUCGCCUGCAUCUGUAAUGCUUUCUUCUUCAUGGCUUUUAUCGUUAGCUUUUUGUACGGCGUGGAGAUGUUUCCAACUAGUAUUAGGAAUUCUGUUCUAGGAUCGUUGUCAAUGGUCUCGAGAGUUGGACAAAUAGCAGCACCACCUAUUAAUUCUCUUUCUGAAUUUACUGCUGCCAUAUUCUUUGGCAUAAUGGCUAUAGUAGGUGGUGCCCUUUGUUUUCUGUUGCCUGAAACAAAAGGUAUCGAACUGCCAUCAACUCUCGAAGAAACGAGACGGAUAUCAAAGAAAAAAGGAGACUCUGAUGGACCCCUCAGGAUGGUGAGCCCAAAAGCAAAAAAUGGGGGCUGAUACAAAAUAUACUACCAUUUACAAUAGUAAUUUAUUAAUAUAAUCAAAGCCCUAUUAAAAUUUUGAAGCUGGUGUUAAAUAAAUUUGUCAGUAGCUUCAGCAAAAGGCGAAGAGCCAAAUAAUUACUGUGACCACUAUUAUUUUUUCUAAUUGUCAAAUAAUGCGUUUGUCGUGAAAUCUGUAUUUUAGUCAUAUUGUGAACACAAAUAAAUUAUUAAUAUCG